AUGGAGAUCCUCCUGUCAAGAGUCACGCAACAGGCAGUGCAUUACGCCAUCAGGUCGGGCAUCUCCAUCACCACUGGCUAUGCCCUGAAAGAAUGUGGCCGCUUGCUGAAGCAGGCGCCCAAAAGUCGCGACCGCGAGGAAUUGCGACAGCUGCAAUUCCGCCUCGAAUCCAAGAUCCGCGUCAUCUCGCCUGCUAUUGACAUGAUAGAGCUGAUUGCCGCGCGUGGCAAUACAUCGCUCGAAUCAGCCGUGAGUCUCUGCAAGGACAUUCGCUACGAAAUGCAGAAGCUGGGCCAGCGCCUACAAAUGGCAGCCACACACGAAGAGCUUACCCAGCGCAAAGCCAUCCUGUCCAAGUCUCGCGAAGAGACCGAUGCCGAGCUGAAGGCCAUCGUCAACCAGAUGAAGCUGCUGUUGGCGCGCAUCGAGGACGCCGUCCCGCUCAUCAAUCUCGCCAUCACAACUUCCGGCGUGAAUCUGUCUACGAAGCUGUCGGGCACCAUCAGCCCCAGCCGCCUUUUGCAAGCAUCGACCUUCUUGUCUUCUGCUGAUGCCCAAUUCGGUGGCACCCCGACAAGCCGCCAGCAGGUAGGCCCCACAUAUGUCCUCACUAUGUAUAUGCUCUUCGCCGGUCACGCCGCACGACCUGUCGACGAACGUGGUGUGCGUGAAACGACCUGGAAAGAAGUCAUCCACAAGGCGCGAGUGAAGCUAUGGCGUGUCCCGCUCGACCAGCUUUACACUCGACCAGGCGAGCCUCCGGAAACUGACUGUUACAAUGAUAACACUAUUCCAGCAGAUGCCAAAGCCUCCGAAUUUGCCUACCAGCUCGCCAUCAUCGAAGACCUGGACGAUGACAGAGUACACUCUUUCGAGGAUGACGAGCCUCAGCCCGGAGCUUGCGAUGAUGUUGCAAAUGCCGGUCUUCGCGAUGUUGUGCCGAUUCACGAGAUCUCAAAAAUAUUCUAUGCAGACACCGGCAAAAUCCUCAACAUUGGCGGUGAUGGUGAGACCAACAAUCCCGUUUUGCUGCUAAAACGCGAUGUUCAUGCGGAGCCACCUAGACGCAUGCUUCAGCGCUCUCAAUCUCGAGCACACACGCCAGAUGAGGACCGAGACAAAGGAGCUGCGGGCCAUCAGAGCGAGAUUGACGCUCAGCUGGAGCGAGAGUCCAAUGCAGGUACGCCACAAAAGCCGACUGCUCCAUCGCAAUCAGGCCUAUGGCGGCUCCCUGCUGACCUAGAUCCGGAAUGGAUGGCCUUCGAAGUCUAUGUGGAAGAAGAGGACUCGGACACAGAAGACGAGCUCCCGACAGAUUCCAACCCCCACAGUCGGUGUACUUCUCUCGAUCCUAGCGUCGCUGAUGCUCUGGCGAAGCUCAACCUCUCGUCUUCACCAGCAGGCGCGCCUUCUUUGAAUGCGAACUCUGCAGCAUUGGCCAUGUCACCAAACAAGCGCACCGGUCCUCCCAUCAAGACGACGCUAUCUCUGUUGGAAAUGCUCCUUAAGCUGUCUGCACUCCAGCAAUUCCGCCAAGAGUCCCAUCUCGCCAUCGAGGAUGAGCUGCUCAACUUCUUUCUGGAAGACAGCGCCACUGCAGGAGCCGGAGCGGACAAGUCAUAUCGCCAGCGUCUCCGUCACGAUGCCAUGAAGCGUGUCGGAUUUGACCCUUACGACGAGUCACCAAUCAAGCGUCGAAGCGAAGAAUACAUUCGCGACAAUGGUGGCUCACCACGCUCAGUGCGUCACCUCCCAGCGCUAUGUUAUACCUUCCCAGGAAAACUCCCCUCAAGCAAGCGUUCGUAGCUCCUUCCCAUACGCUUAGCCUGCGCGCUUCCUUCCUUCACCAUCACAGAGCAUGAUUGAUUGCUUGGACUCACGCUUUGGCCUUACGCAGAUUGUCCUUCCAUUUAUCCUCCAGCGCCUUUAGCUACGGUAUCAAGCAUCAGCCCUUGAGCCAAAACAUAUGCUCAUCGCUAUACCUUGGCCUGAAUAACAUGUGGUCUCUCCUCCACCGCCUGCGCAUUAAUAGCCAUAGCAGCCUGUCUCGUCGACGUCGAUGCACUACUACCAUUCUCACCCGCCGCCGCAGUCCUCUGCAAAUUACUUACUUCCUCCCGAUCCUGUUGUCCCCGUCCCCUCCUCCUCACCUUACUUUCCGGCCACUCCUCCACAUCAGCUUCCUCAUCCUUCUCGUCAUGUUCCUGCUUGAAAUAGAACCACCGAAACUCCGUAUUCUGCCACCCGGUGCCCGCGCUUUGUUCAAAAGCAUCCCAAUCUUUUGUGAAGUAGUGUAGGAAGCCUCCGUGUGUGACGACGACGAUGUUCUUCUCUUCACGGCUUUUGAGCCAUUGGCGUGCUUGGCGUGCUCGGGCUUGGAUUGCUUGGGAUGUGGGUGACCAUUUUCCUCGCUUGCAGUUCCAGCCAUCGGGGACGAGGGAAAGGUCGACGGGUUGGUUGGCGAAUUCUUUUUCGAGCUUGGAUUUUUCCGAGCCCGUGUCGCAGGGGAGGUCGGAAGUUUCCUGGAGUUCUGACAAGGCGAUGACUUUGAGGCCUUUGCGCUGGAUUGUGUCGUGGAAGCUCAGGAGCGCUGUGUGCAGGGUUCGCCGUAUGGGUGAGGCUACGAUUAGGUCGAUCUUGUCGUGGUGGGGGAAGUUUUUUUGGAGGUUACGGCAUUGCUCUUCUCCAAGUUCGGUCAGGUCUGGAUCUGGCAUGUGGUGAUUUUCCACGCAGAGAUUGUGAUAGCCUUGAGCGUGUCUCACGCAGUAGAUCGUGGGUGCCAUUUUUGGUGUGAGCAGAAGUCGACGAUGGGCGGGAUGGCUCUUGAUAUCUGUGAUGUAUAUUUUAUCGAGGAAUCUUGCAAUGGGAAUCUUAUCGGCG